CUCAAGGUUAGUUUAGGUUUUACCCACAUUGUAUCGUUUGUCUUCACAGGGUGGUUCUUACGUAAAGGGGACUGAUACCCAAGGAUGCUCUGAGAUUGACAUCGUGUUGUUCAGUGAUGUGUUUGCCAAUGUGAACCACUGCAAGAAACAACUGAGAGAAGGGUUGGAUGCUCUGAGAGAAAACUUGAAGCAAACUUCACAUGGAGACAGGAUUCUAAUGGGAAAGAGAGCACCAUUGUCUUUAAGAUUCAGUUUUGUAUGCACGGAAGGUCUUCACAGGCAUUCCUUUGAGAUCAUGGCCUACUGUGACAUCCUGGGGCCUGACCCCUCCACAGAUUUAAAACUUCACCUUUACCGCAAACUGUACCUCUGUAACGACAGUGACAUGGCCCAGCUGUGUGCCUUGGCCCUCUUGCCAUACCAGGUGGAUUUUGUCAAGGCAUCCGUGGCGAGGGUGAAGGAGCUCAUUCGUUUAAUGAUACACUGGUUCAAGACAUCAUUUGCCAACUCCACAGAGGAAAAUAAGUUCCGGAGACUUCCUUCCUCUUACACAGUGGAGCUCCUCACCAUUCACGUCUGGGAACUGGCGGGAAAGCCGCUGCUCUUCAGCCUGGUGCAGGGAAUGAGGGCAGUCCUCAAGCUUCUGGUUCGAUAUGCAGAAAUCGAUGUUGUUUGGCACAGACACUACCAUCCCAAGUUCCCCAUUUUUGUAAAGGUGAACCAGAAACACACAAGGCCAUUCAUUUUAGACCCUGCCAAUCCUACUAUCAACGUGUGUGACACCUGCAAUGCCUGGGACGAAGUUGCCCUUGUGGCGAGACAUAGCCUACUGAAGCCUCUUUUCAGCAGAGUGAGAGCUGAGCCGCCUUGGCUUUUCACAAACAACUGGUGAAUUGGGCAAGGAGCUACUGUCCUUGGAUUUCCAUGAAGAAAAUAAAAAGGACGCAGAACAUAUUCCCAGUUAGAGUGCUCUGGAUGAAAGGCAAUAUGAUUAGUCUUACUCUAAUUCACGACGUUAGUGACCCAGUCUUUAACAAACAUAUUGAUGUGACUCAUCAUUUGAGAUAAAAGAAUCCAUUUCAGCCUUUAGGAGAAUUGAACCCUCCUCUCCCAUUUUUUGGAUUUAUUUGUUUUGGUGACCUUGUGGCCAAAAAAAACAUUUUUAAAGAUCUAAGUAGCCACAGUGAGUAAAUAAAUAAAACAAAAUUCCCAGGUCAUUUGAGAGAAGAUUAACUGAAAGGGUAAAAUCACUCCCAUUUUUUAGUUUUAGUUCAUUAUGGCUUCAGGUUGACUUUUCAACUCUCCGGGUGGUCUGGUAUUUCGUUGGGUCACCUGUGUUUUCAAAAUUUCCCUACGAAAACCUGCUUGCACUAAGUACAGCCCAUUCACUUCCAGACAUAAACUAACAAAUCAGUAUAUGGAAAUAUCUGGAAGAGACUCCUUGGAUUGCCUCAGAAUAAACUCUUUCCAAAAUCAUUUUAUGUCACAACUCAUGGGUCAGAGUGGAGCCCUUCUUAAGGUUGCAAGGUGCUCAGCCAUAAGUAAGGGCAGAUUAAGUACCCAGGCUAUGAGCUGUCCAGUUUUGCCACAGUUGUUUUCAAUUGGUGGCAUCAGUUGUUUUCUUUUCUAUUAAGUAGCAUUAGCAGCCACUGAUAAUGAAAGCCAGGGCCCACAAGAAAUAGACCAGAGGAAAUUUCCUGACUCACUUGCAUAGCAACGAUUCAUCAGCACAGAAGAUAUAUGAAGUGUGACUGCAGAUUAAUGUGAGUGAUUAGGCUUCUCCACAUGACAGAACUCUUUCAUAUAAAUGAGCACUGGUCCCUUCAGGCAAGUCUUCAGAGAACUUCUAUGCUUAUUCCAGUGAUGUGAUUGGUCUGGAAACACUUUUAGACUUCCCCUCAGGGGAGAAUGUUCUUUUGAACAUCCUUAAUGGUGACAAAAUUUGUCCUUUGAGAGUGGAUUUGAUUUUUGGAAAUGGUACAAUGUAUUCAUAGUGGACAUCUGUUAUUUUUUGUCUACCCAGAAUCCUUUUCCCCAAUUAAUGGUUGGAGAGACUGCAGUUCUUCUAUUGUUUAUUCUGUCUCUGAAGGCUCUUAAGGACAAAUAUUUUUUAAAUGUCUUGGGAAGUGGCCACAUUUCCUCACUUUGGUAACCGAACCCAUAUUUCCCUCAGGUGACUCCUUCUUCUCCACUAGGUCUACGUUGUUUAGAUGGGAUGAAUUGACUACUAGUUCUAGGGGGACAGGCAUGUGCCUCGGGAAUGGCACAGUGAUUGAUUGAACUAAAACACCACCACUAUAGCACCCGGUUCUGGAAUUUGGAUUUGAACUGCUGGGAAGAGAAUUUCUUCUGCUGCUAUGAGGGAAGCAUGAAACUGCCAGUCACCGUCUUGCUACUCCAAGGGGACAGCCUGCCUAAAAAUGGAGCCAACACAAAAGAGAACUGAUUUGGGAAAUGAGCAAUGAUACACAUGCAUGCACUAUGUACACAUCAACAUCAUGAGAGAGAUCAAGUUCUGGAUGUGCUCCUGGAUACAGAUGUACUUAGAACAAACACUCUUGUGUCACAAGCCAAUAAACUCCCCCUUUGCUUAGUAGGCUGGAUUUGGGUUUCUACCUUACAACCAAGUGAGUCCUGACUAGUCGAGUAGAACAAAGCCAGGUCUGGUGAAUGAAUUAACGCAUAUCAAGGAGUAAGGAAGGUACCAACACAACGAUAACAAAUUUCUACUCAAGAAGCAUUCAUUGAGCACCUGCUAAGUAUUUGAUCUAAUAGUCCAGAUGCUAAGAUAAACUAGUCAGUUCAGGAUGGCAAGGAGCUUUCAGCCAACAAUAGACACUGCUUUUCUUCUUCCUUUGCUCACAUGAAUUCAGAGGACCAUUGCCAAAGACGAGCGCAGGACUGAUUUUCUUUGUCUUUGGCAAAGAUGGCAUUCUUGAGCAUUGUCAGAGCAUGUUAUUAGUUUCCUGAGGUAACUGAUUUUUUAAGAAGACAGUUAUCUGAGGUUGUGAAUUCUAU